CCGACUACUACUCUUCAGAUUACAGACGAGUCACAGAAUGGCUUCCAUGUGCGAGGCAGAACUGAUUGGGAAUCCAAAUUGUUCGAUGAAAGCUUGAAGAAUGAACAAUUCGGUACUACAAUCCAUUGUCUCGGAUGGUAGCAGAUGCGAGCCGUGAUCUCGACUCCAGGUUGGCCCAAGUCACCGGACUCAUUGACUACUGCGCUACGGAAGAAGACUACCCGCGCCAGUCAGUCCUGAACUUCAUCUUCCACAUAUACAAAGAGAUCUAUCAACUCUCCGCCUACAAUGACCGCCUCUCAUUACUCGGACACCAUCUUCCGACUUUAAAGGCCUUGAUCCUCUUCUUCCCUGAUUUGGAGGAGAGUCACCGACUCGAGUUGGUGUAUGUUAUUGGUAAAAAGUCCUGUAUAUGUUGGAUACAUGUUUCAUCGAUGAAUGAUGGGACAUGGGAAAAAGACUGGCAAGAGAGUUGGACGCGUUUUGUCCUAAGAUGGGGGGUUUUCCACGAAGCGCUAUGGCCGUCUCCAAGCAGGAAUUCUGAUUAUCCUCUGUCUGCUGCUUGUGGUAGCCAGAGAUAGCCUACCACACGCGUAUAAGUCAAAACUGUCGUCCUUUGGUCGCUCACCAGAUAUAGGAAUGGGUGUCUCCAUGCCGGACAAGGCUAGCGAUGUGCGAACAAACUUCCAAAGAAUCUAACCGUCUGACCGUAUGUGUUGCCUUACGGAUCACCAGUGCAUGCGCUAUCCUGUCAUCAUCAGAUCAGGUAUACUGUUCUUCCACUCGAUGUUGGUUGUGUCUAAAAUGACGCGCACUUUUGUUGUUGUGUCAUGAAUUACAACAUUCUAUAGCAAGGCUCGAUAACAAAACACGGUCCAUGAUC